CCCAUGCAUGGAUUACACUGAAGACCCCCGCCUCUGAGAAGCCGGCUCUCCGAGGAAGAAGCCCACCCACCCGCUCAGCCACCCCCCGGCUUGGGAAGCGGAGGCAGAGGUCUCAUGGUACCAAGUGACGUGUCCUUCUUGUGAGAUCCAGUCCCCGGAACCCCCUGAGAAAAUGUCAGGAAUGCAGGCCGUCUGGCCAUCUGGUACAGAAUGUAUUGCCAAGUACAACUUCCACGGCACCGCCGAUCAAGACCUUCCGUUCAGCAAAGGAGACGUCCUCACCAUCAUCUCUGUCACCAAGGAUCCCAAUUGGUACAAAGCGAAAAACAAGGUGGGCCGUGAAGGGAUCAUUCCAGCGAACUACGUGCAGAAGCGGGAAGGGGUGAAAGCCGGCAUCAAGCUCAGCCUCAUGCCCUGGUUCCACGGGAAGAUCACCCGCGAGCAGGCCGAACGGCUGCUGUAUCCCCCCGAGACGGGCCUCUUCCUGGUGCGCGAGAGCACCAACUACCCGGGCGACUACACCCUCUGCGUCAGUUGCGAUGGGAAGGUGGAGCACUACCGCAUCAUGUACUCAUCGAGCAAGCUCAGCAUCGACGAGGAGGUGUAUUUCGAGAACCUCAUGCAGCUGGUGGAGCACUACACCACGGACGCUGACGGGCUGUGCACGCGCCUCAUCAAGCCCAAAGUCAUGGAGGGCACGGUGGCUGCCCAAGAUGAGUUCUCGCGCAGUGGAUGGGCCCUCAACAUGAAGGACUUGAAACUACUGAAGGCCAUCGGCAAAGGAGAAUUUGGAGAUGUGAUGCUCGGCGAUUACCAUGGGAACAAGGUGGCCGUGAAGUGUAUUAAAAACGAUGCGACGGCGCAGGCCUUUCUGGCAGAAGCUUCAGUAAUGACGCAGCUACGACACAGCAAUCUGGUGCAGAUGUUGGGGGUGAUUGUGGAAGAGAAGGGCAGCUUAUACAUUGUCACAGAAUACAUGGCAAAGGGAAGCUUAGUCGAUUACCUGCGCUCCCGAGGGAGGUCUGUGCUGGGAGCAGAUUGCUUGCUAAAGUUCUCCUUAGACGUCUGCGAAGCGAUGGCCUAUUUGGAAGCCAACAACUUCGUCCACCGGGAUUUGGCGGCCAGGAACGUGCUGGUCUCGGAGGACAACAUCGCCAAAGUCAGUGAUUUUGGGCUGACGAAAGAGGCCUCGUCCACCCAGGACACCGGGAAGCUGCCGGUGAAGUGGACAGCCCCGGAAGCACUUAGAGAAAAGAAAUUUUCCACCAAGUCGGACGUGUGGAGCUUUGGAAUACUUCUCUGGGAAAUCUACUCCUUCGGGCGAGUGCCUUAUCCGAGAAUUCCUCUGAAGGACGUAGUUCCUCGCGUGGAGAAGGGAUACAAGAUGGACGCCCCCGACAGCUGCCCCCAGAUUGUCUACGAAGUGAUGAAGAAGUGCUGGCACUUGGACCCCGCCCACCGGCCUUCCUUCCACCAAUUACGGGAACAGCUAGAGCAUAUCAAAGCCGUUGAGCUUUACCAGUGAGAUCGAGGCCGGAGGCGGGGCUUCCUCCAGACACGCCUCCUCCGUCACUUCCUGCGAUCCGCCUCUCCCCCCCCACCCCACGUGCACGUGUGUCGGGGUAGGGUGGGGGGCCCAAGAAAGGGACCGAGCGCAUCGAUUUGGGGGGGGGGGUUAAAAUCAGGAAUCGGAACCCCGCCACUCAAAAGGACUGUACUUAAACAUAUUGGACUCGCGCAUAUCCCCAAUGUACCUCGGUGGAUGGGCGUGGCAGGGGUGGGGGAAAUCCGGCUCCUCUUGCCACCGCGUGGAGCUGUCUCCGGUAUCUCUUCCACCUGAAGAUGCACACGUGAGAAGGAAGGACAGAACUGUCCCCGCCCCCAGCCGGGGUCUUCCUCACCCCCCCACCCCAAUAAGAAUACAUUUGGCUAAGGAGGAUUUAGUAAUAUUUUAGUGGCAUGUACUUAGCCAGAAUUCCACACACUUCCCCCUGCCGAUUCCUCUCCAUGGAUCGGGACCCCCUCCCUCCCUCUCCAUCCUUCCUUCAAACUUUCAUUUCUCCCUAGGACCAGACUUACGUUUCUGCAGAGAGGAAUUAGGGAGAGGCGUGAAGUUGAAACGUUAUCAGGAGGGGAAAUACAGGGAAGGAAGGAGGGUUUGGAGGUGAGAGGAAAGGGAUUUCCCCUGCCCCUCUUGGUACUUUCGCAAUUUUGGGAACCAUCCGUUUACCAAUCCAGUAUCUUCUUUCCCCCCCACCCCCCAGUCUUACUUUGUUCCAGGUAUUUUUUUAUUAUUAUUAUUAUUUUGUUUUCUUUGUUUUCCAACUGCACCGGAAACAAAAAAAAAAAAAAUCAGCUCGUUUGCUGGGUUUUACUAAAGUUACAAAUCUUAUUUUUUAAUGUAAUAAUGAAAAAAGGUUUUAAAAAAAAAAAAGAGAAGAGAAGAAAUCCACACGUACACACACACACAGAUCAAACCACGCUAAAACCUUAGCGAUCUUGUCUGGGAGGAACACCCACCCAGCAAGGGCACGUUUCAAACCGUAAAACGCCACCCGCCGAUUGACUGUUUUUGGAUCGUUCUGUUGCUUACGACAGUGUUUGCAUGUCCCAUCUCCAGCGGCCUUUUCCGGUCCCGUCUUGUGCUUUGACGCUCAUGUAAUGCUGCCGACCGUGAGAUUAAACUGUAAUAAUAAAAGAAACCAUUCCAUACCAACA